UCACUUGGCUUGGUUUAGAGCACAGAGCAAACAUGGGGUCUCUGAUGGUCUCUGCUACUCUGACUCUAGUCUUGGCCAUUGUGUCCCUCACCUUGCCAUCUCAAAUCUCUGCCGACGGCUACAUUUACUCCUCACCUCCGCCACCUAAGGAGUACCCUCCGGUGUCUCCACCCUACCACUACCACUCACCACCUCCUCCAGUUUACUCUCCUCCACCACCUAAAUACUACUACAAAUCACCACCACCGCCACCAAAGAAGCCGUACAAGUACCCUUCUCCUCCUCCACCAGUGCAUGUCUACCCAAAACCCACUUACCACUCACCACCACCACCACCAAAGAAGCCAUACAAGUACCCUUCUCCCCCACCACCAGUGCAUGUCUACCCAAAACCCACUUACCACUCACCACCACCACCACCACCUAAGAAGCCAUACAAGUAUCCUUCUCCACCACCACCAGUGUACUAUCCCCCAAAGCAUCCUUACCACUACAAAUCUCCACCACCACCACCAAAGAAGCCAUAUAAGUACCCUUCUCCUCCUCCACCAGUGCAUGUCUACCCAAAACCCACUUACCACUCACCACCACCACCACCAAAGAAGCCAUACAAGUACCCUUCUCCACCACCACCAGUGCAUGUCUACCCAAAACCCACUUACCACUCACCACCACCACCACCUAAGAAGCCAUACAAAUACCCUUCUCCUCCACCACCAGUGUACUAUCCUCCUAAGCAUCCUUACCACUACAAAUCUCCCCCACCACCCCCGAAGAAGCCAUACAAGUACCCCUCUCCCCCUCCACCAGUUUAUGUUUACCCAAAACCACACUACCACUCCCCACCACCACCACCCCACAAUCCAUACAAGUACCCAUCUCCUCCCCCUCCAUCUCACCCACUCCCUCAUCCUUACCCACACCCACACCCACACCCACACCCGGUUUACCACUCUCCUCCUCCACCAGUUCACCCACAUCCUUACCCUCACCCACACCCUGUUCCACAUCCAGUGUACUCUCCCCCUAAGCAUCCUUACCCUCACCCACACCCUGUUCCACAUCCAGUGUACAAAUCUCCCCCACCAUCCCCCAAGAAGCCAUACAAGUACCCCUCUCCCCCUCCACCAGUUCAUGUUUACCCAAAACCACACUACCACUCCCCACCACCACCACCCCACAAGCCAUACAAGUACCCAUCUCCUCCCCCUCCAUCUCACCCACUCCCUCAUCCUUACCCACACCCACACCCAGUCCCACACCCAGUUUACCACUCUCCUCCUCCACCAGUUCACCCACAUCCUUACCCACACCCACACCCACACCCUGUUCCACACCCAGUUUACCCACAUCCUUACCCUCACCCACACCCUGUUCCACAUCCUGUGUACCACUCUCCUCCACCUCCAGUACACAAGCCUUACAUCUAUGCAUCUCCUCCCCCUCCUUACCACUCUUAGAUCACUAUGAUAUGAAGAAGAAUAUUUGGAAAUAAAGAAAGCGAUGGAAGGAAGAAGCGCUUCAUCAUCAUAAUACAGGAAAGAGAAGAAGAAAGGAAGCAAAGUUUCCGCGUUUUGUCGUGAAUGAUCAUAAGAUCGAACAAGUGUUUAUUUAUUAUGGUAGGAUUGAUUAGUAUAUGUAUGUUUUUAUUUUAUUUUGAAAUUUGACAGUUGUAAAGCACUGCGUUUUCCGCUAUGGUCCACGUAGUAGUACGAGUACAUGCAUGGCAUGCUGUGUAAUUCUCAACCUGCUGCAUUUGCAGAGGUAGCAAUCAAUCAUAUUGUAAUAAAUUAUAAUAUUUUCUC